AUGGCAGGAAACGCAACUCAGUUCAGGGGUUCGGGAAUUGCAACAGUUGGGGGUGAAGCCCCGGUGGAGCAAUGCCCCCAGGAAAAGUUUUGUGUUGAACGGGAUUCUCCUUUGUGCGACUCUAUCAUGUGGAAGAUGCUAGACAACUACUACAAACAAGUGGCUAUUGAGGCAUGGGCUCACGACUAUGUUCCGUCCUUUGUGACGAGCAACAGUCGCCUGUGCCGAUCAUACGCAAAAAUAAUCAUAAACUUCCUACAGGACUGGUUUAGGCGGAAGGAAGCAGACCCAGAAAAACCCGUCAUUAUCCUGGAGAUAGGCGGAGGACAUGGGCGCUUCACAUUUCUGCUGCUACAGGCCCUGAAGCGGUACCAGAGACUCUUUGCAAGUUUAGGGCUCCCUGAGCGCCCCUUCAUCGUUGUGUUUUCAGAUGUGGCAGAGGCAAACGUGGAUUUUUGCUCCAAGCAUCCGGCACUGAAGACCUUUGUAGACAUGAAGUGGCUCGAUUUUGCUGUGUUCGACGGAAACAAGGACAAGACGGUCCAUCUGGUUGUCAGGAAUGAAGCACUAGUAAAUGGCUCGGCCCCAGUCAUUGCCAUUUGCAACUACGUUCUAGACUCUCUCCUUACAGAUUCCUGGAGGAUAACGCCAGGGGCAGCCGAGCAUGAAUUUGAGAGGGCACUUGUGUCCAUCUACUCGCCCUCAGAGGAGAAGGAGCUGGAUGCUCCAGAGAUAAUGCUGCGCAUGACCCUGGGUUGGAAGUGGUUGGGGGUGAACUUGGAGGAGGCCUGCGACCCUUCUAGUCCAGCAAAUAUUACCUAUUUAGAGCGGGAUCCCACAAUUAAAGAGGUUUUACUGCGCUACCGCCAGCUUAACAAGCAGCUUUCUUUUGUACUUCCAAUAGGAGCAUUUGCCCUUUUCCGUAACCUCAGGCACAUAGGGGGAGGUCGCCUGUUCUGUUUAGUUGGCGAUAAGGGGUACCCUACUGCGGAUGAGUUUGUGGGUCUGAGAGACCCUCACAUCGCUAUUCACGGCUCCAUCUCAUUCAUGCUCAACCUGCACGCCAUAAGGACCUUCUUCGAGUGCAUGGGCGGUUUCUCCCAUGCGACACCAUAUAGGGACACAUUCCAAGUGACGGGCCUGUGGCUCUGCGGCUCGGAGUUUGAAAUGGGGAGGAGCGUUGCGGCAUUCCUCGAAGAUGUUGAAGAUCUCGCACCCGAUGCGCUCAUCAACUGGCAACGAGCUGCCCAAGAAACUGUUGCAUGCGGCGGAGGACCUGCCAGCAGUAUCAAGUCUUUGAUUUCGCUACUUCGAUAUUCAGCACACGACGCAGAUGUGUUCUUGAACUUUUCCAACGAGUUCACGAGCCAGUGUGUUCACCCUUACCUCAAUCCACGGACGGAGCAAGACUUGAUCUCGGACUUGGAAAAAACCUUUUCUAAUUGGUACAGGCUGAAGAAAGGGGAAGAUGUUGCCGAUGUGUGCGGGCAUAUUUGCAUGCGACUCGGUAGAUGCGACAAAGCUCUCAAGUUUCUACAGGCAAGCGCGGACUUAGACCCCGAACGCACUCACCCGUCCACUUAUGUCAACCUCGCAAGUUGCUACAAAGUAGAGGGCAACUUCGAAGCUGGGAUCAAUUGCUGCAAAAAGGCGUUACAUAUCGAUCCCAACUAUGCCCAAGCUGUUCAGAUGAUGCGGACGUUGAACAUGUGCAGAAACCCAGUCCGUGUAGCCCUAAUUGGGCUUGGCUACUGGACCCAAUACGAGGCCCUUCCACUGCUCCGCCGUGACAACCGGAUGAAGAUCGUUGCAGCAUUUGCAUUCAAGCAGGAAGAAGCUGCUGCUCUGGUUAAAAAGACAGAGCUUCGGGAAGUUGAAGUGUACAGCGGUUCUCAAGGGCUAGCAGAUUUGCUAGAAAGGACGGAUAUUCAGGCGGUGGUCGCCGACGUGCACAUGCAGCUAAUGAUGUCUUUGCUGCCCCGAAUCUUCGCAAUGGGCAAGCACGUACUGACGCGCUCUCCCCUGCAGCUGAGCUUGUCCAAGGGGGCGGCCCUUCUUGAAGUCUAUAAACCAUAUAGUAAUUCGCUCGUUUGGCAUGCGGUUGAAAAUAACCGGCAAGAAGACGCCUUUGUUGAGGCCGCUGCCAAAGUUGCGGCCUUGGGGAGAGUGACAACUGUAUGUUUCAAGUGCGGAACAGACACGGCGCUCAAGCAGAAUUUCUCCACCUCUCCGUAUGACAUCAAGCAUCACUUGGCUUUGGACUUACUUCGCUGCGUGACAGCUGUGCGCCAGCUGACUGGCUUGCAGCUUAGCGCUGUCUCGGCAACUGCAAGGGGAGACUAUGCCCCCUGCUGCAGCCCAGGUACUUCCCCGCUGGAGCAAGGACAAAGCCCAAAGCAGGAAAAGUUGAAGAACACUCGGCUUCGCCGGGAAUUCGCGCGUCUAACCGGAUGGCUGACUUUAAAAAACCCCACCGGGGAGCAGAGCACCCUUGGGUCUUUCGUGAUCAGUCACUGUGUAGGGGACAACUCCCUGGCAUACCAGAUUAAUUGCUUGAAAGGCACAGUGAAGCUGACGAAAGCUUCAUCCUGCUGGCGAAUCGAGGUGACGGGAGGAAAGGUCUCGGGCUCCACCAACUUCGCAGUUCAGGGAAUUGGCCACCAAAACUGCCACGAUGCCUUUGCAGAAGAGCUGUACGAAAAACUACAGUGUAAAGAGCAGAAAAGGGAGGAACUCAUCGCUGGGAAGGAACCCGCCUUAGUCGAUAUUUCAAUCAGCGGGGCGCUGGAGGAUUCAGCCGUUAUUGAAGGUAUCCUGGCAUCUAUACAGAAUGAAGGGGCUCCAGCUCGAUUUGGAUGUCCCGUGUCUGAAGCUACUGACAAUGGCAGCAAUAUAGACAAAAAGAGAGCUUCUUUACGCAGUUUGCCUUCUCAGAAACCGAAGGCAGUGGUUUAA